AUGACUGCAGCACGCAAUCGGCCCUUUCGGUUUCUUGCUCCUUGGGUCAUGCAUGAACAGUUCUCCCCUUUCGUUAGAACAACGUGGCCUCAACAAGGGGAUUGGGCGGAAAAUAUUCCCAAGUUUACCAAGGAGCUCGUUCGAUGGAAUAGAAACGUAUUUGGGAAUAUUAACAAGAGAAAGGAACAAGUACAUCGACGCCUAGAAGAUCUUAACAGGAAGACCACUUACACGGGGUCUACUAUCCGCCUAGAACAGAUUCGAAGGGAGUUAUGGGUGCAGUUAGAGGAAGUACUUGCUCAGGAGGAAGUUAUGUGGUUGCAAAAGUCACGGUGCAAUUGGUACCAACAUGGUGAUCGAAAUACACGCUACUUUCAUAGUGUGGCUAAUAGUAGACGCCGGAGAAAUAGAAUCGAGGCCCUCAAGCUUGAUUCAAGAGAAUGGUCUUAUGAUUCCAAAGUGAUUAUGGAAAUGGGUACAAAGUUUUUUGAGUCCCUCUACUUUGAGGAACCUGACACAGGAAACUCAAUUAUUUUUGAUGUGGGAUACCCCAUGAUUGACAACGUUCAACUGAACAACUUGGGCAGACAAAUUAAUAAUAUUGAGAUUAAACGAGCUUUGUUUGACAUGAGUCCUCUCAAAGCACCAGGGCCGGAUGGCUUGAACCCCUCUUUUUCCAAAGUCAAUGGGAUGUGGUAG